AUGAAGCAGUCAAGGUAUGAUAACGGCUCCCCUGGGGAGCAGCCUGCUCCAAAUAGCGCAUCGUUAAUAGCUGCGAAGGCUAUGUUCAAAAAGUACUCAGACGGUAAUACUGAUAAUUGCGGUACAGGGGUGGUCGCUGGUAGUGGUGUCUUGCAUAGGAGAGAUAAAAUAGGGCGUUCUAUUACUUCGCCAGUCGGUGGGAAGAGUAUUAAGGGUGGUACUAGUGGGUCAACACCACAGAUGCAACAUGUAGAAAAAACGGCACAGUCGCCCAGAUCGAUGAGGCAAGGUAGUGGAUGUGUUAGUGAUGAUGGACUGAGCGCUUUGGCAGCGGUAGCAGCUGCCUCGAAAGCGGUUCAGAGUCCGAUGCGGUCAGCCGCAAAGUCAUCUCUGCAGAUAGAAAACGAGCCACUGCAGUCACCGUUCUUGUUGUCGCAUCCGCAGCGGCUUGUAAGCGGAUUAGGGUCUGUUGCACAAUCGAAUGAUUCCUCUAUGUCACUGUUGACCUCUGGGACGGAGUCUCAGGGUAGUUUUGAUAAAAUCAUCAAUACCAUAAGGCAGAACGAAGCAUUUCCGCACAUAACCAUGGAUAGUCCAUCACAGAGGUCUAUGCCUCCUGGAUAUCUUUUCAGUCCAUCUGCAGCAGCUCAGCGGCUAGCUAGUGUUAAUUCUGAUACUAAUGUUCUUAUGGGCCCGGAUAGUCGGAUUACCAUCCCUCCUAUACGUAUAAGCACACCUCCUGUCUCCACAGAGAUGAGGACGUCAUUGAGAGUACCUUCUAUCUAUAGACAGCGUCCCAGCAAUGACUUACAGAGUAUAGUGUCUUCCAUGGCCGAUACAGCUUUAUCGGAUAAUGGCGAGGCGCUGCCAAAGCAUUCGUCACUAACACCUCAUUACAAUCACACUGCAUCCAGUAUCAUGUCGUCGCCUACCAGACAUUUGAGACGAAUUCCCCCUCCAAAGCUGAACAUGAGCGAUUCUGAUAUGGCUAGUGUGCGAAUACUGAGAUCGACUUCGUCUUCACUAUCAUCGACAGCUAACAAUGAAGCUGGUCACAGUUCAGAUGACAGCGACUCAGAAUAUACAGAAGACGAAGAUAGUAGCUCUGAUGAGGAAUAUUCUGGGUACGAAGAUGUCGAUGAAUACUUACAGUUACGAAAUGAAACUAAUCAAGGAUUGGAGAGCCCCAAUCUGGAAGAAUCAGAAAAUGAAUCACUAGAAGGCGUGAAUCCAAGGUAUGCGCAUGGUGCAAACCCAAAGGAGGUGACUAUUGCCAACGUUUCUUACUCUACAUUGAAUAAAAUUCCAAUGAAUUUGAAAUACAGCGGCACGUUACCCAACCUUAUACCUAAUUAUCAGCGGAAGCAAUCGAAAUGGCUUAAGUUCUUUCGUCGAACUAAGGCAGCAGCAGAUCCGUCAUCAUCUCUACCAGUGUCCCAAAUAUAUGCGGAAAACGACACUGCUUUAAUAAAAAGUAAACUGGAUGUUCGAUUCCAGACAACAAUGAGGGGAAUUCUAAACGACAGCGCAAUCAGCGAAACUUCUUAUUUGCAGGAAUACGAUAGUGACGACUCUGAUAGUUACGUUGUAGAUAAAAGCAAAGCUUUAAAGAAGCACAGUAAGAAAUCGGGAAAAAGACGUGAGCGUAUCCGUAACAAUCUUAGAUAUAGAGGGGCUUUUGAUGAGGACAAGCCUUGGAAGUCCCAUUUGGACUUGGGCUACGUCACGGAACGCGAACGAAAGCGGUAUGAAGGCAUGUGGGUUACCAAUAAAGACACAUAUUUGGAGUUAUUGCCUUGGUGGAAAGAUAGAAAUAGCAGGGGUGUAGUGAUCCCUGAAGAUGGUCUUAUGAUAAAUAUUGUGGUUUCUGAUAUAUGGAGCAAGAGCAAUUUACCGAAAGAUACUUUGGCCCAGAUCUAUCAAAUGGUGGAUACGAGACACGAUGGCACAUUAGAUAGGAAUUCUUUUGUAGUGGGCAUGUGGCUAGUUGAUCAAUCACUCUACGGAAGGAAAUUACCACGACAGAUAGACUCUCGAGUUUGGGACAGUGUCAGUAAAUAUGUGAUAAACGUUUCCAAUGCAAACGAGAAUCCUAAGCAUCACCAUAGAACAAGAAAAAAGUUAUUAAAGAAAGAAUUAAAAAUGAUAAAAAAGGAGUCCAAAUCUUAUCACUCUUAG